AUGCUAUAUCAUAGCCUCCGCUACUUGUCCCAUAAUGAUGUCGGCCCCGGUCUGCGGAACAAAAUUGCUACCACCUUCGAUGUCGCUUUAGAUGUUGGGAAUGGGCAAUGGGUCGGGGGCAUCGCGAAGGCAGCUCUGGCCCAGAGUUUGACACAUUUACGUCCCGAUUUUCGGUUUGAUUGUGGUCCGUUCAAUGAGUGGAUCAAACAUACGCUCCGUGCCAUUAACCAAUGGCGAAUCGCCCAAAUUCAAAAAGCAUGGCAGUCAGAGGUCAGCACUGUCAGCUUGGACACCGAACCCGCUGUCGAUUUAAAGAAGAAACCUGUUUUCCACGAUCACAGCCCUCUCCACUAUCAGCUGGAGUCCAGAGGCAACAAGCGGCCAUCCGAGGACAGUGCUCAGCGGGCGCCGAAGAGGCGAAAGUCUGGAUGCUUCACACCUGCGGCUGCCUCAGAUAAUGCCGCAACUCCAGCUUAG